UAAAUAUUCUACUUUCGUUUCAAUAUUUUUGGAAAAUACUGUUUAAAACAUGGCGGCUCGAUAUCCGUUGUUUGAUAUACUAAAUGAAGAUUUUAUUACUACAGUGGGACAGAAUAUUGGAAAAGACUGGGGAUCUUUGUUCCUUGAGCUCGGAUUAGAAGACGUGGAUCUGCAUCAUUUUGAAUAUGACAAUAGGGGCUUGUUGAAUAUAGUUCUAGAAGGUUUACAUGUGUGGAAGAAAAAACCCUUAAUAGACGAACAUCAAAACUCUGAAUGUAUCAAAGAAAUAUUUGACUUGAUUGUAGACAGAUUACGAAUAAAGGGAUGCAAUACUAUAGCUGAUGAUCUCCUGUCAAAAUUCCCGAGUUCUGACAUCAACCAAAUUAUUGCGCAUCUCAGUCGCUAUUUAACAAACGACCAAAGAAGUCUUGUGUUACGUUCUAUUAGAAUCCCACACGAAAAGAUUCAAAGCGCACCAAAACAAGGCCAAUCUUUGAUGGACGAAACAAGGACUAUACUUGAAAGUUGGUAUAAAGACCAACAUUUCAAGUACUGGAAAUGCCAAGAGCUUUUCAAAGUAUUCAGGAACAGAGGCGAGCUGUCUUCUAUAGAAAAUAUCACAGACAAAUUCAUAAUUUCAGAUGAAUCAUAUGACAGCAAAGUGAAAGCCAAAGUCCAAGUGAAUACAGAAGUUUCCUCUCCCACAGAACACAUAGGCAAUUCAAAGAAACGAUUGGUUGAUGAAUCUCUAGACGUUCAAGAUUCAGGGAGUGAAAGAAAAAAAUCAAAACAUGGCGAUGAUAUAGACGACACAAAUACUGAAGUUAGUUCAUUAUUAACAGUAUCCACUGAACUAAACGUCAAUCCAAAACAAUGCGCUGACGAAACAAUAGAUGUUCAAGAUUCAGCAAGUGACAAUGAAAAAUCAAAAAACGUUGAAGAUACAGACGAUAAAUUAGAUGAUCAAGAUUCAGCGAGUGACAAGAAAAAUUCUAAACAUGAUGAUGAUAAAAAAAAAGAGGAAACAACUCCAAAAACUUACGGCGGACUUCGUAAAUACCAAGAAGAGUUAGCAGAGAAUGCACUUCAAGGCAAAAACACCAUAAUUUGUGCAGUGACGAAUGCGGGAAAAACAAUUGUUGCCUUCCAUAUAAUCGAUGAGCAUAUCAAACGAAAUCCAAAUGCAAAGGUUGUAUUUUUGGCAAGAACCAAUCCGUUGUUAGAUCAACAAUACAAAAAAGCAUGCGACAUCCUGAAGCGUUUGCAGAAAGAUAACGACAUCAAAACAUUUCUGGUCGGCCAAGAAAGCACAGAGGAGUCAGCACGACGGCAGUUUGACAAAGGUCGUCUAUUCUUUAUGACGCCUCAAUUGUUAAUGAAUAAAAUGAAAUUAGAAGAGAAGUUCCCUGUGCCAAUAACUACAUUUUCUAUGUUGGUUUUGGACGAAUGCCACCAUGUUCAUGGAAAAACACCAUAUAACGAUAUAAUGGCUACUUAUCGGAAAGCACAGAAUGAUGCACAGGAUAUGAAAUUGCCACAGAUAGUAGGUUUAACGGCCUCCCCAGGAACAAACAAAGCUAAAGACGAGUUUUCAGCAAACAAACACUUGAUGAAAGUCAUGACAAUCAUGGAUGUUAUACAUCUGUCUACCGUCCGUAAGCAUAAAGAGAACCUACAAGAAUAUACCACCGAGGCGGAACAAGUUGUAUUACAAAUAAAAGUCCGAAAACACAAUCCGAUACAAGACAAAUUAGAAUCAUCAAUAUCUGAUGUUGAAUUAGAGUUUCAGUCGGAAAAAGUACAGACUUUCCUGUCUAACAGUAUGCAAGCCAUACAUGAUGUGAAACAAAGCCUGCUAAAUAUUCCUAUUGAGAAAUUAGAACAAACAUACAUUCAGUGGAUAACAGAAACUAGAUUGAAGGUUGAAAAUGUCUUGAACAAAGAUGAAUAUGUUCCAAGACUGAUGUUGACAUACUUAUGUCAUUUAGAGAUAUAUGCAGAAUGUUUAGAAAUGAAUUCACUUCUCGACACACAAGCAGUUGUGGACUUGAUAACAUCAAGAUCAUCAGAGGAAUCAAUCCAAAGUCAAAAUGCAAAUACAACAGAAGAAAGGGACAAUAUGAAAUAUUUAGAGGAUGUGUGUAAAUUCAUGUGUUCCCUUGAUCCCGAACAAGUUGAAUGUAAUCCAGAUGUACAGGAAAUUAUCCAUAGGCUAGAGAGAGAAUAUGAAAAACAGGGAGAUAAUUCUAGGUUCUUUAUAUUUGUGAAGACGAGAGCUACUGCAAGGGCACUUGCUAAAAGACUUGAACAUCUGAAAUAUUUAAAUUGUAAAUACUUCACUGGGUCACAAGUUGGACUAGAAGACGGAGGUCUUACCAAACAUAAACAACUUGACGUCUUAAAAAGAUUCAAAACUGGUGAACACAAGUGUCUUGUGGCUACUGCAGUGGCAAGCGAAGGAAUUGAUAUCCCUGAAUGUAACAUGACGAUAAGAUACCGGUUUACAGCAAAUGAAAUUACAAGUUGCCAAAUGAGAGGUAGAAUUAGAAGAGCCGGAGGAAAGGAAGUUAUCAUAGGAUCAGAAAAAGAAAACUUACGUGAAACCAUUAAUGUAGAGAGGAUGGUGUUGAUGGAAAAGGCAGUGGAUGCUGUACUUGCAAUGAAAGAGAAUGACAUUCGAGAAAAGAUAGAUGAAGGAAAACAACUUCUCUUUAAAGCUGAAGAAGCUGAACGGAUGAAAGCGCUCGAAAUUAGCAAAAAUAAAAUUGUCGAACAAUUCAAAGUAAGCUGUAGAAAAUGUUCAAAAAAUAUUGUCGAAGGACACAAUUUGAAAAUACUUAAAGGUUCACUCCAUGUCGUGUUUGAUAAUUCUAUUUUUGGACGUAUUUCACGCAAGCCAAUAAAACACGUUGUUACUGAAGACAUACAGCUGACUGAUAGAGUGUUCGGCGAAUGUGGGCAUGAAUGGGGACAUUUAAACGUGUACAAUGACUGUGAAUUAGUUGUUUUGGGUCAGAAGUAUAUUAAAGUAUUUAAUGUGGCAAAGCAAGUAGCUGUAAAUGUAAAGAAAUGGAAGGAUGUUCCAUAUAAGAUUGACACCAUUGAUGACGAUGAUAUACUUGCCUUUAAAGCUAGUCAGCUUCCGACUGCAGAAUGACACAGCUUGAAUAAAAAGGACGGUUACAGUUUUAAAAUUCAAAUAUUUUAUGUUUCAAAGAUCAAAAUCUAUUUUCAUCUGCUACAAACUUUUGGUAAGGAAUCGCACUGUGUGUAGAAUGAAAUCAAGCGAAUACUAAGUCUAAUAACUUGCAUGCCAUCAUAGUUGUUAGAUAAGAUAAAUUAUAAAGCUCAUAUGUAGUAUAACGUAAUCAGAGAUCAAUAUUUUAAAUAGAUUGUACUGUUUCUACAUUAAUCCUUUUUUCAAGUUUUGGCUGGUCAUUUUGGAUAGAAAGUACAGUCACCAAUGUUACAGAGCAGGUUACAUGAUAUAAUAUCAUUAUUAGUCAAGUAUUUUGAACUUGAUUGCUUUUAGUAAUGUAAGCAUGACGUGUGCAUCUGGUGAAAUAAGGUAACCUAUCAAUAUGGUUUGAUAUAUACCAUGCGUUGUUGUCGAUAUGGAAAAAAAAGUAAUUAUUAAUAAACUUUAAGGCAGUUGAGA